AUGAUUAUCGCGGUCGGCUUCGUGGUCAGCUCCUUCGGAGACGACCCUCUUGACCACUCUGACCGCAUGCACGUUUUCGAGUGCCGCAACGAGGCAAAGAACACAAGCGAACGCAACGAUAAUCGAAGCCUUCAUCGGCGUGAGGUCAACAAGCGGGCUUUCGUAAAUGACACUGCCUACUACGUGCAAUGGACGCCACGUACUACUGCCUACUGCGACGUUCCUCGUUUCUCGCUGUUCCGCUAUGGCAAUGGAUGCAACGAUUUUUCGAACGAGGAAGGUGUUGGUCAAAGCUUUGCAUAUCAUCGUGCCGCUGGCAUCGGGCAAUUACGCAAAAUACACUUCAAGAAGAAGACCAAAAAGAGGUGGGCGUCAAUCGCGCCAAACGAGACAGGGAAGAACGAGGUCGACUCCCUCCUGUUCGGAAAGCGCCUCAUCCUCCGACACGUCGAGAGGAAGGCACUGCAGAUGCCAAGUCGCAUACAACAGCCGAAGGUACUCUCUGUGGCUAGACUGAAAGUGCGCAUUUUCAGCGAAGACUGGAGCCUGAAAGGCAGCUGCGACGACGACUGUGAGAGUGUGCCAAAAAGCUUUGGUGCUGCGGAAAGUCAACCGAGAUGAGAAGAGGAGAAUAAUAAGAAGAGUUGGGGCGUAAAAGUGGAAUACUCUCCUCUCUGCAAGCUCAUUGGUCGAAAGUUGUCUAGUUCUUCGAGGCCUUCCAAUUGCGAAAUGUAG